GAACGAGUUAACUAUUUUUCAAAAUGGCAGCCCCCAUUUAACUCAUGUGGGGAUAAAGACAUUCAUUUGGAGAAUUAGAGAAUGAGGAAAAAAAUGUAUUGUAUCAGUAAAUAAUAUGAAAAGCAACAUACAGUCUAUUUUGUGCGGAAAAAAAUUAUAUGCUGACAAACUGAAAGUGGCUUAUGAAAUCACAAAAUCAGAAACGUAGCUUUUAGAGAGGCUGCUUAAUCAGAAGAUUUUAACAUGAUCAGGAAUACAAUUGCAAAGGAAUUUCUUAUGUGUGGCAUAUGUGGAACCAAGUUCCUUAGAUAUUGCACAGCAGGUAAUAUUACAUCAAGCAAAAGAUUCUCUCAAUGGGUCACAUGUUCAGAGAAACAGAACACCACUCAUCUACCAGACCAAGAUUUCUCAAAAUGGAUAAAACAGUUGGUGAAACCCAGCCUAUCGCAGAUAUCAAAGAGAGGCUACUCACAAAAGGCCUCAAGGUCGGACAAAAGCAAGAUGAGGAAAGAACUGAAUGAGUUGGAUAACAUGCCCAAGGCUGAGAGGGUGUACGUGUGGGGCUGUGCAGCUACGGGGGCACUAGGUAUUAGUUCCUAUGUCAGGCACCAAGAGAAGAAACAAAAGUACCUGGCCCAGAUGAGCAGACCCGCAAGACUGAGAUUUUUAUUGGAACACAAUUUGGUGGCCAAAUCUGUUGACUGUGGAUACGGUUUUACAGCUCUGAUUCUAAAGGGAAGGGAUAGGAAGAGUAAACUUUACGGCUGUGGAAUCAACACUGACUCCCAGCUUGGGUUCCACAAAAGUUCAGAAAAACCAGAUAUGGUACUGGAUUACAUCACGGAGCCUGUGCUGAUUCCUCUCCCGCUGGAGGACCCUGACUCCUCGGAAGUUAUAGACGUGUCCUGUGGGCGAGCUCACACAGUGGUUCUUACCACUGAGAGGGUUUUCAGCUUGGGUCACAAUGCUUAUGGCCAGUGUGGAAGGGGAAUAGUGGAGGGGGAGAUUCACAGAGGAAGUCAAAUCAUUAAUAAAGUACUGGAUUUGCCCAAUGAUGUCAUUAAGGUUGUUUGUGGACAAGAUCACACCUUUUACCUGACCAGUGGGGGACAGGUGUACAGCUGUGGACUAGGAGCUGACGGUCAGACAGGUCUACAACAUUAUCAUUGUGAGUGGAAGCCAUCAUUAGUGCGGGGGGACAUCGAGGGAGAGAAAAUCGUCCAGAUCUCCAGUAAGGGGGACUGCGUGCUGGCGGUGUCUGAGCGAGGGGAUCUGUUUGGAUGGGGAAACUCAGAGUACGGGCAGCUGUCCGCGAUCACAGACCAAACACAAGUGUCAGUACCCAGGAAUCUCCCACUGCCACAUUCUAUCAGCAAGGCAGCAGCUGCAGGUUCAAAGUGUGCCGUCUUAACAGAUAAGAAUGAUGUCCUAGUGUGGGGAUUCGGAGCUUUAGGGGUAGGUCCUAACGUGACGACCUCUUCAACCCCUCAGACCAUCCCUCCCACUCUGUUUGGACGAAAUGAAAUGGCACCAGAUAAGCUGGUUAAAGACAUAACUUGUGGAAUUAAUCACUUUGCUGCAAGAACAAAUGACUUUGAAAUGUAUGUUUGGGGUAAAAACCAGAAAGGUUGCCUUGGUAUUUAUGUAGCACAGCAGCUGGACCAAUCCUAUCCAUUCAGGGUCUCUGUUCCGGCUGAAGUGAUGCGGAUAUCCUGUGGGGUGGAUCAUACAGUGGCCAUGUGUAGAGCAUUUUCCUGACAAAAUGUGCUGUAAUUCAAGUAUAGCCAAGUUCUAGUUUCUCUUUUUAUUUGCAACAGCUGAGUGUUUUUAUGAUCAAUUUGUUUGAUUGUUUUAUUGAUUUUAUAUAUUUAUAUUAAAAACUUUCAAAGUAUGAGUGCUAAAAUACUACAACAGAUUCCUUACUAUCAAUAAGAAAUAAUAAAAUAAAAUAAAAUAUAAAAGCAUAUUUUGUGAGAUUGCCAGGGGUAAAACUGGAACCAAAAUUUACAUUUGUGCGAUUUAAUUUUUGCAAAUUUAUAAAGUUUCUGUAUGUAUACAAACUGGACAGGACCUCUGCUUAUGGUAUUUUUUGUAAUGUCAAAAUACAAUAUGAAAAUUGCAACAACAAAAAAAGCGAAAAUUUGAAUCAUUGUAAAAAUCAGUGGAUUAAAACACAAGAGUUUUG